CUGCUAAGCUUGAGAGUCCACGAUUGUAGCUUCCCGGCGGACCGGUGUAAGAAUAUUGCGUGAAAAUAUGGGUUUAGACGAAGAAAAAGCGCUUCUUGGAAGCACAGUCGUCUUAGAAAAGGUUGAGGAUUCUGACCCAGAAGAUGAAGGCGAAGAGGCUGAAGAGCCUGCCGGUGAUGGUGGAGAUGAUGAUGAUGAAGAAGAAGAUGAGGAGGAACUAGAGGAUCCCAGGGAAAAAAUUCUUGAGGGGUGUAAUGAGAGUCCAAAAUGUGCCAAAGCUAAACUAGAACUGGAUACCUGUAAUCAGCGUGUUGGCAGUAAAUCAAGUACGGAGGAAACCUGUGUACAAGAACUCUUUGAUUUUAUGGAGUGCGCAGAUCACUGUGUGGCACAUCAUUUGUUCCAUAAAUUGAAGUGACAACGUUAUUUUUGAAAGUAUUUGGAAUUGUCCGGAUUUUUGGUGGAUAUACUAAUCUAUUUAGGACUUGAUUUGAAAUGUCUUCAAUUCCUUGUGAUGAGGCGAUGAUGUUGCUUUUGUCUCUUGCUGAUACACAAUAAUUUUAUGUCAAGGAUCAAUCUCUGCUGCAUUAACAGUUGUGCAUAAGGAAAAAUGUUAAUAAAGCACUUUUAUUUUAAA